UCCAGCUGGCCUGGCUUAGGAGGUGUCCGCAAUCGAAGGAUACCGUAGCACUUUUUUUUUUUUUUUUUUUAAACACUCAGUUCUUUUUGUUUGUUUCUUUGUAAAUAUGUCAUUUUCUUGUAACAAUUCCCCGUACGACAGCUUUCCUCCGUCUCCGGCGGAGGACAGGGGCUCAAAGCGGCUGUCCUGGGGCAGACUUCUGCAGAGGCUGACUGAGCUGAAGGGGAUCAGUCAGAGGCAAGCAGCGGGUCAUCUGGGCAGCAGCAGCGAAACUGGAUCUGUGGCAGACGUGUCCCUGUCAGAAUCAGACAGCAGUUUCUUCUGUUAUCCCCUGGAGGAGACCCUGGCUGCUGAGGUUGUAGCAACAAUAACGCAAAGUCUCAACGAUGCAUCACACAUCCUGGGCUGCUCCAAACUCAUCUUACUUGACUGUCUGCUGCACCAUAUCAGCAACGAGCUGCUGCACCUGGCCGCCAGCGAGCCUUGCGGCCUCAGGGGGGCGCUCAUCGACCUGUGUGUGGACACGGGGGAGCAGGGCUCCCUUUGUACGGUGGACCAAAUAGCAGUAGAUGCCACCCUGGUCCCGACCUUCCAUGUAACCCUGGUGCUGAGGCUCGAGUCGAGCGGGAUGUGGCCAAAGUUUCAGAAGCUCUUUAAGGGUAGCAAGUCCCGACAGGCUUCUGAAAGACACCGAAGCACUCAGACGCUGAGUACGAGUUUCAGGGCUAUCAAGAGGAAACUGUACUGCUCAGGGGAGCUGCUGAUUGAGGAGUGCUGCUGACCAGGCGCUCCUGUCCCCGAUUAGCUGAACUCAAUGCCUUUUUAUAUGUAGGUUACUGUGAAAGGAGGCCGGUGGGUUAAGCAUGGUCUUUUUUAAGACAAUAUCUUAGAACUCCAAAUGGCACUAAAGAAGAUGAUCCUGAACUAGCAUGGACCUGUCUUUGUUCAACUUCAUGGCAGCUACUUCGCCUGGUUGCAGGUGACUCAACAGUAAAGACUCAAGUUGAAACAUGGGUCAGUUUCUUUUCUAUAAAUGUAAAGUCACAUCCGUAAGGGAAUGGCUUACCAUAUGUAUUUGAUAGUCAAAUAUGACCUGAAACUUGUGUUAUGUAUUUUUCCAACAACCUAAAUUACAUGAACAAAUAAAUAUAUAUAUUUUUUAAAUUAA